AUGGAUUGCAACAACCUUACUGACCUCUUGGAAGAAGUACAUUCUCAAGUAGACAUGCUGCAAAAGGCAGUUGCCCAAGUUAGUCAAGUUAAGGCAAGUUUAAAAACAACAGCCUCUGAAGUGAAGUCUCAGAUUCGCGACAGUGUCAGCCGUCAUCUAGAAGCCUUACGGAACAGAGAAACCUGGUUGCUGGGGCAAGUGGAAGUGGUACAGCAUAUCAAAGAGGAUGUGUUGCGACAACAGCAAGCUGAACUCAACAAGGCUCUUGGCAGACUGCAGUCCACUUGUUCCUUGCUUGAGCAAAGUAGUAAAGCUCUUGACACAGACAGCUUGGAGUGUCGUGUCAGAGAAAGCUUAGAAUCUGUUGGCCAGCUGAGCCUGAUACCUGAGGAAUCCAGUGCCAUCAACUUUGUGGCUCGGAAUUUUGAGCUCCAAGACUCCAUUCACAAAUAUGGUGUGGUCAUCUCUGAUCAUCCUUUUGCUGAUAAGCAGAUGGUGUCUUCUUGUGAAAGGCUUCAGUUAAGCUCUGGGAAGAAACUAGCAUUCUUUACCCCAUCUGGUUCUUGUGAGGACUGGCUUAUGAAGACAAACGCUGGUAGUGCUUGUCAGGACAUCCCAAAGUCCCAUGCUGUGAUGACCAACAUCCAGGACUGGCUGCAGCCUAAAGAAGCUUUGGUUGUCUCUACCACAGAGAGCUCUGUCAUUUCUAUGCCUCAGCAGAAUGUAGAGAACUGGUUAGCCAAAUGUCAGUCCCAGGAUGCUGUAAAAGAUAUAGAGGACAUCGCAGAAAAUCCAGGAAAAGCUUUUGCUGUUGCAGAGAACAAAGCCACUGAAAUCCACAACUGGCUUCUGAAGACUCAAGAGACCAACUUAGCUGCUUCCCUGCCCCCUGCUAACUUGUUUGACUACUACAGAGUUGUUAGAUUGUCAGAGUCAAGCAAGUGGUUAAAGAGCAAUGCCGGAAGUGCUAAAGGCAAACUUUCUACCAGUCUCAUUGGUGACACCUACAGCAAGAUUGCUGCUUCAAGUCCUGAUAAAUGGCUCAUGCAGAGGAAAUUACCAAUUGCUUCCAGCUCUGCACUGGUCAGAAGCAUGAGCUCUCAGUCAUGUUCAGAGUGUUCCUGUGGUUUGUCUUCAGUGUGCUGUGAUGCCGAUGCUCAAGAAAAAUCUGGCAAUUUUGAUGAUACGUCAAGUGAGUUUUCUGAUUGGUUGGCAGUGAAGAGAGUUGGCACUAGCAGAAGUUCAUCCCCUGAGAGAGUAUCAACUGAAGUUGCUGGCAAUGAUACAUGGCUGAUGAAACAACAUGGUGAGAUCAGCCAACAUGGAACCAUGGAUGUUACUGGCAUUAAGAAUUACAGAGAGAAUCUCGCCGCACAACCCAACGAGCACUGGUUGAAGCAUGAAGGCAGUUCCUUGCUUCCUGACAACAAUAAAGAUAGUGAGGGAAUAACAAGUGGCAUGAAGACUUACAUUGACUCUCUUCCUGUUGAUUACAACCAGUGGUUGUUAACUCCACGCGAGGAUGAUGGCCUUUGCAAGUGGCUCGCUCGCAGAUCAUCUGAGAAGUGUAAAGAGUGCCCAAGAAUGUGUUCCAAUGGCCUCUUUAAGAUCUUUGGAGAAGUAUCCAGUUCUAAAGAUGGCUGGCUUAUGUCUCAAGAACUGUACUAA